GCACCAAUCGCGUCUCACUGGGCGGGGUUUGAUCGCUAAUCCAGGAUGUGAAUAUUUCGUUUAGUACGUACAACUGGCAAAGAUGUUUACAAUAAAUAUAUCCCGUGUUUUUAUUCUUAGUUGCAGUGACCAUGAAGAAAACAAAUAGAUGAAAGCCGUAGACGUUUAUCUCUCGCUUUGUUUGCACUUUGUAUGAGCAGCGGGGAUUGAAUGGUCACUGAUUGCUGUCCUCGGUUGGGAUUGCAUCUUGGCCUGUCAGUGUACUGCUGCUACAAUCAUGUUUAAUUCAUAAAGAUGGCAACGAGGGGCACCUUAUAAACUAAAUGACUGUCAGAAACAUCGCCUCCAUUUGUAAUAUGGGCACCAAUGCCUCUGCUCUGGAGAAAGACAUUGGUCCAGAGCAGUUUCCCAUUAAUGAACACUACUUUGGAUUGGUCAACUUUGGGAACACAUGUUACUGUAACUCGGUGUUGCAGGCUCUGUAUUUCUGCCGGCCGUUUAGGGAGAAUGUGUUGGCGUAUAAAGUCCAGCAGAAAAAAAAGGAGAACCUUCUCACCUGUCUGGCUGACCUCUUCCACAGCAUCGCCACGCAGAAGAAGAAGGUGGGCGUGAUCCCUCCCAAGAAGUUCAUCUCACGUCUGCGGAAGGAGAAUGACCUGUUUGAUAACUACAUGCAGCAAGAUGCCCACGAGUUCCUGAACUACCUGCUGAACACGGUGGCUGACAUCCUGCAAGAGGAGAAGAAACAGGAGAAACAGAAUGGACGGCUGAAGAACAAUGGCACUGCCAUCGCUACGGACACCGAGCCGGAACAGAACAAGGCCGAGCCCACCUGGGUUCACGAUAUCUUCCAGGGCACGCUGACCAAUGAGACGCGCUGUCUCAACUGUGAGACGGUCAGUAGCAAGGAUGAAGACUUUUUGGAUUUGUCUGUAGAUGUUGAGCAGAACACUUCAAUAACACACUGUCUCAGGGACUUCAGUAAUACAGAGACCCUGUGCAGUGAGUAUAAAUACUACUGUGAGACGUGCUGUAGCAAACAAGAGGCACAGAAACGUAUGCGUGUGAAGAAGUUGCCCAUGAUCUUGGCUCUUCAUCUGAAGCGCUUUAAGUACAUGGAGCAGCUGCAUCGGUACACUAAACUGAGCUACCGUGUGGUCUUUCCACUGGAGCUCCGCCUCUUCAACACCUCCGCUGACGCUGUCAACCUAGACCGCAUGUACGACCUUGUCGCUGUGGUGGUUCACUGUGGCAGUGGCCCAAACAGAGGGCAUUACAUCAGCAUUGUGAAGAGUCACGGCUUCUGGCUGCUGUUUGAUGAUGACAUUGUGGAGAAAAUUGAUGCACAGGCGAUAGAGGAGUUUUACGGUUUGACCUCUGACAUUUCCAAGAACUCUGAGUCAGGAUACAUCCUGUUCUAUCAGUCCAGAGAAUGAAGAAGCAGAGGGGUGACAAAUGAAGAGCUGAGGAGGAUCACGAGAAGAGAUCAAAAGGAACGGUAUACGUGAUGACAUCCGCUAGAUUCCUUUUUCCACAUCCUUCUCCUUUUCCUCAUCUCAUACUUAGGGUCUCCAGCUGAGACUGUGUGCCAAAAGCUCUCUUUAACCCUAUUUGCCAAUAUGACAUUUCCCAGAAGUCCCAUUCUCCCAAAUCUCGCUGCACUCUGGGGGAAUAAAUCACAUCUUCAAAUCUGACCCUCAAGUCAGUCACCUGCAUCUGAAAGGCACUUUAUAAACAAAACAACAAUAAGUAACACAAAAGCAACACAAUGAAAAAAUCACAACAUAUACAACUACAAUACUUGUGAAAACUUGAAGGAAUCAAAAAGCUACAAACGGAGCAAUGAGUCCUGGUACUCUAGCAAGAGUCACUGCUUCUGAUUGGUCAGUGCCUCUCAUCUCGGGUAUCUGAAACCAGGAAGAGGGUUUCUCUCUCUUGAUCCCUGGCUUAAGAUCCCUGGCUUCACUUCAAAUGUUUUGUACUGUGAUUCCCACCCAUCAGUCCUCAUUCGUACAACUCUUACCCAGUAGCUGGUGAAUCCGCACAUCCUAGUUCAGUCUUGGUCAUCUGAGGGGCUGUUUGCACUGUGUGACAAUUUGUUUUGGAUUUCACCAUGUUGUGGGAUUAUGAUUCUGAGCAGUCUGUUACAUGAGUGAGUGUAUUUGUGUGUGUGUGUCUGCAUUUAAACAGUAAAUGCAGGCAGCUGCUCUGAAGUGACUUUGCUUUUCAUCCAGAAGUAGUUGCAGUCUUGUUACCAAGAGAGUUUUCAAAAGUUGUCACAUUGAAAUCUCUUCCAGUAACAAAGAAAAUGGGCAGAAUUGCAAGGCUGAAACGCUGCUUUUGUCUCCCUUGCAUUCUUAUCUAACACUGUUGUUACCUAACUUCCAUUAUAGGUAAGGGCCUUACAUAGAUUUAGUUUCUGCUUUAGUUGGUUGAAUCCAUCUCUUCAAAAUCUCGUCCCCAUUCACUACCAAUAUAAAGCUUGGAAGAGCCAGGAUAUUUUUAAAUAUAUCUCUGAUUGUGUUUGUGUGAAAGAAGAUAGUCAUAUACACCUAGGAUGGCUUGAAGGGUGAGUAAAUCAUGGGAUAAUUUUCAUUUUUGGGUGAACUAUCACUUUAAUACAUGUUGCAACUUGGUCCCUGGUCAUUUAUUAGAAGUUAGAUGAUGUGGCAUUUCAUUUUAUCAUUACUUUGAGGUGUUAAGUCUUGGACACAGAUAUGACAUUCAACAGCAGCAGCCUUGAGAUUGUUUCAUUGCGAUCUGUCAAGUUCAGCUUUAGUUCUUAUCGAAGUAUCUGAUAGGACACCGCUGUUACGAUAAGAACAUUUCAACUUUGUGGCGUUUAUCUGAGAGGGCUUUUACUAUUUAUUAUACGUUGUACUGAGAGCAUCUGACUUCAAAUAAAUGGGGAACUUUAUUGAAGACAGUAGGGAAAUGUACUUGAUAAUCCUGAUUUUUGGGAUUUAAUUUUGUAUAUAAAUGGGAGAGAGUGACUUGAAAUAGUCACAGAAGGGAAACAAGGUGCAAUACAGGGACAAGAUGAACAUUCCAUGCUCGUUUUACACCAACAUUUCUACACAUUUUUUAAAAACUAAGCUCACAGAAACACUAACAACUGAUCGGUACUCCCGUUUCUUCAUUGUAUAGCUUUUUAAUGUUAUUGUUUGAUUUAGGUGAGUAUCUAAUGGUCAUUUACCAUUUCAUUCUCUCAGAAAUACUGUAAAAUGUCCCACAACUGAAAUACAUGAUUUAUUUGCCUUUUUCUGUCCGUUCACAGCUCAUUCAGUGUAACAGUAGAAUAAGUGAUGGGGGGGGAUGUGUUUUCUAGAUCACCCAUUUCUCCACAUGCGUUUUUGAGCCCAUUCUAAGUCUGUGGUACUUGUAUUUUCACACUCCUCAGAAUCAUUAUAAUAUGUAUUUAUAUGUUUAAGCCACACUACAUGCAAUAUAGAUGUAUGAACACUGUGUAACGACACAAUGUGAGAUUGACUAUGCAGUGUUUGUGCUUGUCCUGUUGUUUCCAGAGGCUCGACAGAUGCUGAGUGAUUAUUUGGACGGUAGUUUUUUCAUACGCAGUUCCCCAGUGACACUUGCUGUUUUUCAAAAAGAGGAGCAUAUGUGGUUGUUUAAAGAUGUUUUAGUGGUCCUAAGACCAUGUUUCUUGUCCCAUGCCUGUUCUUUUGGUUCGUCAGUGAUCAAAAUGAACAGAAAUGUGCCAAAAUUGUGGUGGGAAAAUCUCACAGUCCUUCAUACUGGAAAAUGAAAGAGAUAUCUCUGUGUCAUGAAGCUGUACAUAAAUAUUAUGUAGGCAUAUUGGUUAGAAAUAAAUUAUAUUUUUAAAACACUAAAUGAUUCUAUUAAAAAGGACCUAUUAUUCACAUGGGGAAGUCAUGGUUGCAAAUGAAGAAAUUACAAGCUGUUGACUGUUGGAGAUUUUAUUAUUUCAGUCAGGUCCCUUAUGGAGACCUGGAUCAUUUUGAAGUGUGUUCUGUAGAGUAGCCUAAACUAAAAGUACUGUAACUUCUUACUACUGUGGAUUGAAUCCCAACCUACACAUAUACAUGAACAUCUGGAUAUGUUGAUAACCUAUUAGACUGUCACUUUUCACAGUUACACACCUUGUAUGCAAAAACACACCUGUCGGUUUUGUCCUCUUUUCAUGUGUGUAUUUUUUAGGUCCACAAAAGAAAUGUACAAUGUUUGUUUGUCUGAGAGAAAAAUACCAGGACUCAAACUCUAAUGGAAAGUGUGAUAACUGUAAGUGCACUUUAUCAUAGCAGAACCAAAAAGGUUUCUCGUAGGAACUGGAAUCCUGAAUGAGAUUCUUUUGGUUUAUUUUCCUUUCCUCAAUAAAUGAAACGCAACUUUA